AUGUUUCUUACUCGAUUUUUCGGGAGGAGAUUCUUGACGGCUGCAUCAACGAGAUCGGAGUCUACUACUGCAGCAGCAGCUGCUUCGACGAUUCGGACGGCCAAAAACCCGCUCGAAGAGUUCUUUGAGUUCGAUCGAAGCCAAGACGAAGAUAAACCUGUUGUCUACGGUCGAGGUUGGAAAGCUUCAGAACUUCGCCUCAAGUCGUGGGACGAUCUUCAGAAGCUGUGGUAUGUUCUUCUGAAAGAGAAAAACAUGUUGAUGACUCAGCGUCAGAUGCUUCAAGCCCAGAACAUGCAGUUUCCAAACCCUGAACGCAUUCCAAAGGUGAGGAGAUCAAUGUGCCGCAUAAAGCAUGUCCUGACCGAGAGAGCAAUUGAUGAACCGGAUCCCAGAAGAUCAGCUGAGAUGAAGAGAAUGCUACCAAGCAGUAAACUCGUGCGCGAAGUAUUACUUAGUAUUCAAGAGGCUCAAGAAGAUGGUAUUUUAUCCUUUGGAACUGGUCCAAUGAUUAUGACCGUUGUGUCUAGCAGUAGAAAAUGUUUGUUCGGUAGCUAUGCUCAUUUCUGUAAACCCAUGGUUGGUGUUUCAUUCAAGACACAUGUUGGCCACAGUUGA